CAAAGCAACGUCUCUUUUUGGCAGUUCAAAAAGCCCUCCAGACGCCCUCUCUCCCAAUCUUACAUCUCUUCUUCAUCUCCCUCACACACAGCACACACUGCCAUGGCCAUGCCCAAUUACAGAACCGAGUACUCAGAGGAAGAUGCCCUCUUCCGUUCCUACCCCUACUCCCUAUACUUCGUCCAGAGCCCAUCCACCGCUUCCCAUGCAAACUACGACGUCCACUCCCCGCCCCGCUCCGACCAAGAACCCACCCGCCUUGCCCUCUCCCGUUACUCCUCCUCUCGCGGCUCCAACAACUCGUUUCUGCAAGAUCAGAGUAAAAAGAAACUGCACCCCUCCGGCGACGAUCACGUCCCUGAAAAUGCCGGACAAGGAGGCGGGACUGUGAAGAGGGGGGUUGAUUUUGUGGUUUCGGCGGCGGAGGAGGAGGAGGAGGAGUAUGAUUAUGGGGAUCAGAGGAACAGAGGAUGGAAUCAGUAUUUGUCGUUCAGGUAUUCGGAUUCGGGUUGGUGGGUUUUGGUGCAGUUAAGCUGGAGAUUCUUGCUGAGUUUGGUGAUUGCUCUGGUUGUUUUCUACGUUGCUGCUAAGCCCCCACCUCCCACCUUCUCUGUUCAGAUUGCAGGAAUCCGACAGUUUAGAUUGGGAGAGGGAGUGGAUGCCUCUGGAGUUGCAACCAAAAUACUAAGCUGCAAUUGUUCCAUACAUGUAAUGAUAGAUAACAACUCCAACCUCUUUGCUCUUCGCAUCCAUCCUCCAAUCAUGGAAAUGCUCUUUGCCCGUCUCCCUCUUGCAAUCUCACAAGGUAGAGAAGUAUACGCCGGGAGCAACGAUUUAACGUUGUUGAGGUUAAGUGUUGGGACAAGAAACAAGGCGAUGUACGGUGCAGGAAGAAACAUGGAGGACAUGCUGGAAUCUGGAGAAGGAUUGAGUCUUGUAAUUAGGGUUAGGUUGAGGUCAAGUUUCCAUGUGAUUUGGGGGAUUGUUAAACCCAAAUAUGAACAUGAAGCCCAAUGUUUGGUGGUCGUAGGUAAUAAGUAUGACAAGGAACAUAGGACCCAAGUAUACAACAGCACUUGUGUAAUUAACUAAACCACACCCACCCCACUACUCAUCCUCUACCUCUUAAAUCUCUUGUACUAAAAUGAAAAAGGAAACAUUGUUGUUAUAAUUAUAUAUAUAGUACGUUGCCUCA